UAUUACUACUACUACUUUUCUACUAGUACUACUAAUACCACUAGUACUACUACUACUUCUAGUACUACAAUUAAUACUAGUACUACUACUACUACUACAACUACUACUAGUAAUACUACUACUACUAGUACUAGUACUAAUAGUACUAUUACUACUACUAUUACUAAUAGUACUACUAAUACCACUAGUACUACUACUAUUACUAGUACUACUACUACUACUACUAGUAAUAAUACUACUACUUCUAGUACUACUACUAAUACUAGUACAACUACUACUAAUAAUACUACUACUAAUAUUACUACUACUACUACCAGUACUACUACUAGUACUACUACUAAUACUACUAGUACUGAUACUACUACUACUACUGCUACUACUAGUACUACUACUACUACUAGUACUACUACUAAUAGUACUACUACUACUACCACCAAUACUACUACUACUAGUACUACUAGUAGUACUACUACUACUACAAGUACUACUACUACUACUAGUACUAGUAUUACUACUACUACUAGUACUACUAAUACUACUAGUACUACUACUACUACUAGUACUACUAAUACUAGUACUAAUUAUACUACUAUUACUACUAGUACUACUACAACUACUACUACUAGUACUAAUACUACUACUACUAGUACUACUACUAGUAGUAUGAGUACUACUACUACUAUUACCAGUACUAAUAACACGACUACUACUACUAGUACAACUACUAGUACUACUAGUAAUACUACUACUACUAUUAAUACUACUAGUAAUACUACUACUACUAGUACUACUACUACUAGUACUACUACUAGUAUACUACUACUAAUAAAAUACUACUAUUACUACUAUACUAUUACUACUCCUAUUACUACUACUACUAUUCCUACCAAUACUAAUACUACUACUAAUAGUACUAAUAUUAUUACUAGUAUUACUAACACUACUACUACUACUAGUACUCCUAAUAAUAGUACUAAUAGUACUACUAAUACUACUACUACUACUACUAGUACUCCUCCUACUACUACUACUAGUACUACUACUAAUACUACUACGACUAUUAGUACUACUACUACUAGUACUACUUCCACUAGUACUACUACUACUACUAGUACUAAUACUACUACUAAUACUACCAGUACUACUACUAGUACUACUACUACUAAUAGUACUACUAGUACUACCACUAGUACUACUACUAGUACUACUACUAGUACUAUUAAUAUUACCACUAUUACUACUAGUAAUACUAAUACUAAUACUACUAGUGCCACUACUACUACUAGUACUACUACUACUAGUAAUACUACUACUACUUCUAGUACUACUACUAAUACUAGUACAACUACUACUACUACAACUACUACUAAUAAUACUACUACUAAUAUUACUACUACUACUACUACCAGUACUACUACUAGUACUACUACUAAUAUUACUUGUACUGAUACUACUACUGAUACUACUAGUACUAAUACUACUACUAGUACUACUACCACUAGUACUACUACUACUACCACCAAUACUACUACUACUAGUACUACUAGUAGUACUACUACUACUACAAGUACUACUACUAGUACUAGUAUUACUACUAUUACUAAUACUACUAUUACUAAUAAUACUACUACUACUACUAGUACUAAUACUACUACUACUACUAGUACUACUACUACUACUACUAGUACUACUACUACUACUAGUACUACUACUACUACUACUAGUACUACCACUAGUACUAUGAGUACUACUACUACUACUACCAGUACUAAUAACACGACUACGACUACUAGUACAACUACUAGUACUACUAGUAAUACUACUACUACUACUAGUAGUAAUAAUACUAGUAAUACUACUACUACCAGUACUACUACUACUAGUACUACUACUAAUACUACUACUAGUACUACUACUAGUAUACUACUACUAAUAAAA